GGGGGAAAUGUAUUGUUUGAAAACGAAUGAAGACGAGUAUUAAUAAAAAAUGGAAUAUUCAAAUGAUACAAUUAAAAUUAUUUUUAAAAAGAGAUUUUUUCUUGUUUUAGCUGGCCAAGGUUUAAACCAGACCCGGGAAAUCAAUGCCCGUCGCAUCUACUCUGGCUCCAUCCAUGCCGAGCAGGCAAGGCGCUGAAUUGCCCGGCAUCUCUCGGAGGCUCCGGGGCUGCCUUAGUCGAUCACAUGGUGGGAACCGGAAAGCAAGAAACCAGCGUCCUUAGGAAAUGGAAACCACGCCAGGUUUUUAAAUGCUGGGUGUUGGUAGAAAAGGACAGUCUGAUUCUACUGAUCUAAAAAAAACAAACCUUGCAUAUUAUGAAGGCGAUCAAAAAGACUCUGUGACAGUCGUGCAAGAAACUGCAGCUGCAUCGGAGGGACCUGCUACAUCAGAGGGAUCUGCUGCACCGGGAAGCAAGUGAUCCAGUCUGCUGACAUAGAAAAAGAUACAAAUCAAAAAGAACUCAAAAUAGAGGCAGAACAAAAAAGAAAAAUCUACCCAAGUCUGCAUUCAUGUAAUCAUAACAUAAUGGAUCCCAAUGUGACACUCUAAUAUUAUCAGAUAAACCAUUACGAAAUCUUUAAAUCACUGACUUCUGUCCACCAGCUUUAAAUCGCCUUUACUGGAAAAGUUGAUCCCUUGGGGAUCCCCUGUUGAUCCCCUGGGGAUUUGGGAAAGGAAAAUGGAGGCGGCAGCAGUGGUUCAGGCACAAGUGGUCUUUGAGGAUGUAGCUGUAUAUUUCACAGAAGGCCAGUGGGCUUUGCUGGAUCCGAGUCAAAGAGCUUUAUACGAGGAUGUCAUGCAGGAGAAUUAUGAGAACGUGGCUUCCUUAGCAGGGUUUCCUGUUCUGAAACCUGACUUGAUCUCCCGGCUUCAGCGAGGGGAAGAGCCAUGGGUCCUGGAUCAGCCAGUCUUGGAAGGAAAUGAUGUUCCCUGGGAUUACCAUUUAGGAUUUCCUGAUGUGAUCAUAAAGCUAGAAGAAGAAGAGUCACGGAUCCCGAGACUCCAGGAAAAAAACAAAGCUUUCUUGAGUGCCUCUUCAGGGCCUGUGAAGGAUGAGGAGGAGAAUCUUCUGUCACAAGACCUAAAGCAAGUGGAAUUCAGUGGACUUUCACUAGGAAUUGUUGAAGGGAGAAUUUUCAGUUGCCCCAGAAAGGCAGUUACCUGUGAGAAUCUGUACUGCGCAGAGGAGCAGGAGGGAAUCCACGGGGUAAAGAGACAAGGAAAAAUGUUACCUGAGAAAAGUGAUACCAAAGUAGAGAAACAAAAGAGGAUUAAAGAGUCUGGGAAGAAGCACAGCUGGGGCUCUGUCACUUGUGUGCCGAAAAGAAACCAUACCAGAGAGAGAUGGUAUAAAUGCUUUCAGUGUGGAAAAAGCUUCCACCGGCAGUCUCUCCUUAUUGUGCAUGAGAGAAGGCAUGCAGGAGAGAAACCAUACAAGUGUUUUGACUGUGGGAAAGGCUUCAGUCAAAGGACAACCCUCAUUAAUCACGAGAGAAUUCAUUCAGGAGAGAAGCCGUAUAAAUGCUCCAUCUGCGGGAAAAGCUUUAGCCAGACAGCAAACCUAACUAAACAUGAAAUCACUCAUACAGGUGAGAAACCAUAUACCUGCUCAGUCUGUGGGAAAAGCUUUAGCCAAAGGUCCUAUCUUAUCAGCCAUGAAGGAAGCCAUACAGGAGUAAAGCCAUUUUCAUGCUCAGUCUGUGGGAAAAGCUAUUACUGGAGAUCACUUUUUAUUGAACAUGAGAGAACCCACAUGGGACCAAAACCAUAUACAUGCUCAGACUGCGGCAAGAGCUUCAAUUGGAGAAAUCACCUGUUUAUUCAUAGAAGGAGUCAUACAGGAGAGAAACCAUAUAAAUGCUCCGACUGUGGGAAGAGCUUCAGUCAGAGUUCAGCCCUUUUUGCUCACGAGAGAACCCACUCAGAAGAGAAACCUUACAGAUGCUCAGACUGUGGCAAAAGCUUCAAGCAGAGAUCCAACCUCACGACUCACGAGAGAACUCAUACAGGGGAAAAACUGUAUGCCUGCUCAGUCUGUGGGAAGAGCUUCAGACAAAAGGCAACUCAUCUUAGGCAUGAAAAAAUCCACACAGAGGAAAAACCUCACGCUUGCGCAGUCUGUGGUAAAAGCUUCAGCCAUAAAACAAACCUUAUUACCCAUGAGAGAAUCCAUUCCGGAGAGAACCCCUAUAACUGUUCUGAAUGUGGAAAGCAGUUCAGUGACAGUUCUAGCUUUAUUAUGCACAGGAUAGCCCACACAGGGGAGAAACUGGGUAAAUGCUCCAGGUGUGACAAAACCUUCAUUAAAAGAUCGCAGCUACUUACCCAUGAAAGAACCCAUACUGGGGAGCCACAUAAAUGUUCAUUCUGUGGCAAAAGCUUCACGCACAUAUCAAACUUGAAUAGACAUGAGAGGACCCACACUGGAGAGAAACCAUAUUCAUGUCCUGACUGUGGUGAAAGCUUCAGUCAGAAGUCACAGCUUGCUACACACGAGGCAACCCAUACAGGAAAAACCCCAUAUAUGUGCUCAGUCUGUGGUAAAAGUUUUAAUCAACGAUCUAGCCUUGUUGCCCACGUGAGAACUCACACUGGAGAGAAACCUUAUGGAUGUCCAGACUGCAGUGAAAGCUUCAAUCAGAGAGCAAACCUCACUAGACACAGGAGAACCCAUACAGGAGAGAAACCAUAUCCUUGCCCAGUCUGUGGGAAAAGUUUCAGUCAGAGUUCGACACUUAGAAGGCAUGAAAAGAUUCAUACAGGAGAGAGGCCACAUUUGUGUUCCAUGUGUGGUAAAAGCUUUAUUCGUAAAACAGAUCUUCUCAGGCAUGGGCAAAUCCAUUCACAACAGGACAGGUUGUAAGCUAGACGUUUUACAGAUUAUGUAUAUUGUGGCAAAACAGACCCACAUAUUAUGAGGAAAAUGUCCGUCACUCUUUUCUAUAAAACCAGAGAAACUUUUAAGAAGAAAAUUAAUCAAAGACGGUUCCUGAUAACACGUUCAUGGGAAAGGGACAAAUGAACACACAGUGGAAUUUUUUUUAAAAUCUACCUUUUUAAUAUCUAUUGACAGUAAAACCAAAAUCUCCUUGGGAUGAGGAGGAAAUAAAAUAAUAAAUUAAUUGAGA